AUGGCAGCUAACACCAGAUACGAGCCUGCUCCGCAGCGCGACUCCUUCGAGGAGCGCGCCUAUCCUCAACCCCCGCCGUCUUAUCAGGCAACGGCCGACUACUCGCAAGCAGCGCCACGCAGCGAGGACGACAAUGUUCCUGAUGAUUUCAAGUUCGGCGGCACCGUCGCAGAGGGCACCUUGCCCAUCCGCAUGCAGUUCAUCCGGAAGGUCUAUUCCAUCUUAACGGCCCAACUCCUCCUCACCACCAUCCUCAGCUCCAUCUCCUUCUUCUCCCCCAGCUACCGCCUCUGGAUCCAAUCCAACUUCUGGCUCAUGAUGGUCUCUGUCUUCGGCGCCCUAGGCUUCAUGCUCGUCACCUACUGGAAGCGCAAAUCCUACCCGGCCAACCUCCUCUUCCUAUCCGGAUUCACCCUCCUCGAAGCCUACUCCAUCAGCGUCGUGACUUCCUUCUACGACGCCCGUCUCGUCAUCCAAGCCCUCAUCCUCACCCUCGGUCUCUUCGUCGCUCUCACCCUCUUCGCCUGCCAGACCAAGUACGACUUCACUAACUGGAUGCCCUACCUCUUCGGUGGCCUGUGGUUCUUGAUCUUGUUUGGCUUCGUGGCCGUGUUUUUCCCUGCCAAUAGCACCGUCGAGCUGAUUUAUGGGGGCCUGGCGGCAUUGAUCUUCUCUGCGUAUAUUCUUGUUGAUACGCAGUUGGUGAUGAGACAUUACCAUGUUGAGGAGGAGAUUGCCGCGAGCAUUUCGCUGUACUUGGAUAUCUUGAAUCUGUUUUUGGCGAUUUUGAGGAUUCUGAAUAGUCAGAAUAAUAACUAG